AAUAAGCCAAGGUACCAAUUACGGUUUGCUGGUAAAUUGUUUUUCAUUACUACUUUGUGUCAACGUUUUUAGGUAAGCAACAAAAUGGAGCUCGAAUUAUUGCUGUAGAUUGCACGGCUGAUAAAGUUCAAUUGCCUAUGACUGCACUGAUUGAAGUUUCUGGUGAUCAACUGGAUAGAGCCGCAGGUGUUGGUAAUUGUAGAACUGAUAAAUCUGAAUUGACUGUGGGAGUUUCAGGCUCUGAAGAAGCACUCAGAGAUGGAACAGCUCUAGUCUCUGCAACAGAUUGUUUGGCAGAAGAAGCUAUGUUGGUUGUUUCUAAUAAUAAACCUUUAUCAAUGUAUAUCAAUGAAAUUUGUUCUAUAGAAAAUGCCAAUUACUCAGGUUCUACAGGUGACAUUGAGCAAAACAACGGUCUAUCUUUGCCUUUUGCGAAAACUUUUUCAAUUUGGCAACAAUUUGAAUCAAUGGAAGUAUUCAGAAAAUUGCCUCAAAAUCCCCAUUUUCAGCCUUUAAUGAAGUCUAAAAGGUUAUGUCGAGAGGGAUUAGCUAUUGGCAAUAUGUUUACCUUUGUUUUUUUGGUUGAAAUGAUUGCAAAGUUGGAAAUAGAUGCUCCUGCAGAAUUAGUCAAUGACGCUACUGAAGCACUUGUUGAAUUGGAAAAGAUGGGGUUCAAUGUCAAGGCAUUACGAGGUCAUCUGAAUGAGUUGCAAUUAAUUCAAGCUAAGUUGAGACAACUUCAAGAUGACUCAGAAGAGGUCAAAACUAAGAUCACUUAUUCCACUCGUAAGAGGACCAAUGUUAAUGAAGAAGUUUACGAGCUUUGCAAGGAGAUGAAGAAGUUGGUAGAAAAGAAGGCAAGGCUAAUUACCGAGUCAGUGGCCAUUAGCACUGAGCUAGAUAUGUGGCAAUCAGUAGAUGCUGAUAUUAUGGAAGACAUCUCAAGGAUGAAACAAAAUUUCCUUGUCCUCCGUCGAGUUUGAUUAUCAUGUAUUUAGUUUGGUAUUUUUGAAGCAUCAUGGUGAUAGGCCAUGGAGUUGCUAGAUAUAUAUUUUUGGCUUCAUGGUAAGUCAUUUAAACUGGUUUUGUGAAUCUAUAUAAAGCUAUAUACCACGACUACUUACAAAUUAUUCAAACUGGUUUUGUGAAUCUGUAUAAAGCUAAACAUAAUCAAUUUUGUGUCGUUUGAAUUUAAUAUAUAUUUAAUCUAUUCUUAUUA